GUUCUUAUGAGUUGACUGCAUUAUAAAGCCAAAACAACUUAUACAAGAUGUGCAAGUGCAACAUGUUAAACAAGAUGUGUCAGACAUCUUAUUAAUGAAGAGAAUACAUGUGCAACAUGUAGAACAUAGGACAUCUUGCCCCUAUACAGCAGACCGAAGAACAUUUGGUGACAGUAAACAAGUAAAUACACAAAACAAAGCACCACCACACAAUCAAGAUUUCAAAACAACAAUCACCCACCCACCUUAGCAGUUUCAAAAAACCAUAACCAGAGAAGCUCAUGAUGGUAUACAAACCCUUUUCAUCUUCGUAUUCUUCUUUUUCACCAUUUUUUCCACUUCAAAUCAAAUCAAAAUCUUUUCAAAUGUUCACCACACAUCAUCAUACACCACCUUUUCUCUAUCUCAAAAACCACUUAACUUUCCCUCUUAUCAACCAUCACUAUCAUCCAUCACCAUGUUGUUCUCUGCAUCUCUCCACCAACAACACUUCUGAUUCAACCUCUUUUGCAGUUUCCUAUCUCAUCAACACUUUCAACUUCUCUCCAAAACUUGCUUCCAAACUCUGCUCCACUUACAAUAUUUGUUUCCAGACUGCACAAAACCCUGAUUUAGUUCUUAACUUCUUUAGAAACAAUGGUUUCUCAGAAACCCAAUUACGUUAUAUCAUUCCCAAGGCACCAUGGCUACUUUCCUGCAACCUCUCCUUAAGGGUCAUCCCAAAGUUUGAAUUUUUUCUAUCCAAAGGUGCUUCUGAAUCUGACAUUGUUAACCUUGUCAGUAAGAACCCUAUGGUCCUGGCUCCAAGCUUGGAGAAUCAUAUAGUCCCAACCUAUGAAUUGUUGUAUAGAUUCAUGCAAUCGGACGAGGAAACUAUUAAUCUUGUAAUUCGCAAAUCAUAUUUACUUAGUUCUCAUCUUGUGUCAUAUAACAUCAAAAUGUUUGUUGAUAUUGGAGUGAGGGACUCAACCAUUUUAAAAUUACUUGAGGGGAAAUGUAGUUGGUUAUUCAAGAAAAACGGAAUGCCGAAGAUGGUGGAGGAAUUAAAGAAUUCAGGGUUUCAUCCAUCAAAAACAACUUUUGUUAUGGCAUUGCUUGCUAGAGAAAACAAACCAGCAUGGAAAGAGAAAGUUGAUUUAUACAAGAAGUGGGGUUGGUCUGAUGAAGAUGUAGAAGAAGCAUUUAAAAAGCGGCCUCUUUGUAUGAUGGUAUCUAUUAAUAAAAUUAAUUCAGUGAUGAAUUUUUGGGUCAAUCAAUUGGGUUGGGAUGCUCGCGCCCUUACCAAAGCACCGCUUGUUUUGUCGUCAAGUUUGGAAAAAAGGAUCACUCCAAGGGCCCAUGUUGUGCAAUUUCUGCUGGAGAAUGGUCUGCAAAAAGAGAGUGCAAGCUUAACUUAUCCAUUUGUAGUGUCUGAGAAGUUUUUUCGUGAUGCGUAUUUAAAACGUUUUAAGGAGGAGUCUUCGAAUCUAUUAAAGCUGUAUGAGGAAAAACUUAGUCUUGCAUACACCACCGACAAAAAUGGCAUGCGAUGAUCAGAUUUUUCAGUAUUGAUGAAGAAGGUAGAAACAACGACUUGUUUGCGAGGAGUUUGUAAGUUUUGGUUAAGUCCAAUAUGCGUUAGCAGUAGCAGUUGUUCUUGUUAUCCCGUUGCUGUGUCUGUAGGGGAAUGUUACGAUACGGGGUCUACAAUUGAGUUGAAGAUGGUUGAAGAACAUGCUAACUUAUGUAAGUCUCAUGAUGAAUAUACGCGAAGGGUAGUGGGAGUUUUUGGGCUCGUUUUCCUAAUCUUGAUAUCCAAUAUGGCUGCUGGUGUUUAACCUCUAUCUCUAAAUGGGUUGGAACAAGUCUGCAUCAGAUAGACUACCAGUUUACUCGUUUCAUGGAUCGGGUCUUGACUAAUCAGAUGCGAACUCGUGUUCUGUAUUUGUGGCUCAUGGCGCCUGAUUAUAUGACAUCGUAUAUGAAGAUUUCGCAUCAACACUUGGCAGUUAGCCUUAUGCCAUAGUCAUAUUAGGUCUAACAUUAUGUGACAAAUGAUGGUAUUAUAUAGUAUAAGAGAAGUUUCUUUGAAGAAGAGCAGUGUGGAAUGUGGAAAUAAAACAGCCAUUGGUUGGUCUCUCUUAUUCACAUUUAUUUCUUCCAAGUCUUCCAUUCAAUUUUGACAGGUACUUAGUCUCACCGUUGCGGCUUUGCCAUUUAAUUUUAGGGACUCUUAAUCUAUACAGCCAAGAUACUUGAUGCGAUACGGAUACGGCGAUAUGGAAAUAUUUGAAAAUUUAAGAUAUCUGCUUUAUGUAUCAGCGCUAGAUUUAUGACAAACUAUGACUUUAUGAUAAGGUUUACUUUGAAAUGAUAUGAUGCUUAACUGAUUUUGCAGCAA